UUUUUUUAAUAUUUAGUCUACCAAUUCGUUUAAUAUGGCGGGAAAUUAAAAUCAGGGAACAAUUGGAAAUUGGGUAAUUUUAUCCCAUCAGCGCCGCCACGUGAAUCCCAAGCAAGAGAUGGCAGACAAAGAAGAGAAAGAGAAGGAGUUGACGGAGAAGGUGGUGCCGGAGGCGGAGGAGCUGCCCAAGACCAUCGUGCGCCGCCUGGUCAAGGAGAAGCUCUCGCACCUCUCCGCCGACGCCGAGAUCUCCGUUCUCCGCGACUCUCUCCAGGCAUUCUCCGAAAGCGGUCGCAUCUUCAUACACUACCUCGCCGCCACUGCCAAUGAUAUGUGUAAGGAGUCAAACAGGCAAAUCAUCAAUGCUGAAGACGUGUUCAAGGCCCUGGAGGAAAUAGAGUUUCCAGAGUUUAUUGAACCUCUCAGACAGUCUCUUGAAGAGUUUAGGCAAAAGAAUGCUGAAAAGAAGGCUGCGUCGUCAAAGGCAAAAGAUUCAAACAAGAAUGCUAAGAGAAAAGAGUCCCCUGCAAAAAGUGAAGCCAGGAAAAAACGCCGUGAAGAUGACAACGAUGGAGACGAGAAUAAAGCAGAUUGACGAGCCAAGCAGCAUAUGUUGUAGUUUAUUCUGCCUGUUUUUUUAUGUCAGCUUAAAGGGGAAAAACUUUAUUAUUUUUUCUGUGAUGUCCAAUUAACUCUUGUUUUGGGGCUUUGACAGUGUAUGUUCUUGCUUUUCUCUAAAUUAGGAGUUUAUAUAUAUGCGUAUGUGUCUAUCCUCUCACACUUACUUUGUUUUUUGUGAUGCGCCAAGCUUGCCCCACAUGAACAAUAAACUUAACAAGCACUUAACCACACCUUGC